ACAAAUGAGAGAUAAGAAAGGGAGAAGUUGGGGGAGUUUUGGUGAGAAGCAAUUGCCAAGGCAGCAGGAAAGCGAAAGUGGAAACAGAGCCAAUGAUUCAAAUAGAAGUUAAACCCCAUCCUCCCCAUCCCCCCUUGCAUUCAUAAGCUCCUCAGCUCUGUCCAAAUUUUGUGCUCUCCCUUCCUCUCAUGUUGAUGUAGCUCCAAGCAUAACUUUACUGGAUUUAGUGCAAAUCGACCUCUUCAUCAUAGAGGUUCUUUCUUUAUCUGGUGCCGAGAAACGUAGGGAACAUAACUAACAAUGGGAACUUCAGAUGGGACUCUCGAGUCCCGACACCGGCUAUCUUCAACAAAUGAAGAUAUGUACAAGAGAAGACCAAACAGAGGGAAAUACAGAGGAGUUGAGAAUGGCAAGUCAUUCCACUUACCAAUCCAAGACAAGACUGCAAACUGCAAGUUCUCACCAUUGAAGCUCUUCCUUGCUUUCAUAGUCUGCGGGACGCUCUUCACGAUUGUUUAUAACCCACAAGUUUACCAAAAUGACAACUCGUCUUCCUCUUCCUCCGGGCCUAGUUUUGUCAACCGGUGGAUAUGGGGUGAGGCGGAUCCAAGAUACAUAUCGAACUUAGAAAUCGAUUGGGAGGAUGUUGAGUAUAUCAUCAAUGGCAUGAUAGGUGAAGCAGAUUAUUACGGGAUCGGGAUUUUGAACUUCAACAGGAGCGAGAUCAACCAAUGGAGGAACCUUUUCCCCAAGGCCAAGCAAGUCGUUCUUCACCUAAAUUAUGCUGCCGGAGACUUAACUUGGGAGUCGCUUUACCCUGAAUGGAUCGAUGAAGAAGAGGAGGAAGAAGUCCCCCUUUGCCCGAGCCUCCCGAAGAUAAGAUCCCCGGGUUCACGGAUCAAUUUAAUUGCUGUCAAGCUCCCAUGCAGGAACGAGGGAAACUGGUCGAGGGACGUCGCUCGGCUCCACCUGCAGCUUGAAGCAGCUCGGCUUGCAGCUUCAGCCAAGGGUGGGUACCCGGUGCAUGUACUAAUAAUCACGAGAUGUUUUCCGAUCCCGAACUUGUUUACUGGCAAAGAGCUUGUCACGAGAAGAGGAAGCGUUUGGCUAUAUAAGCCGAAUCCAAGCGUAUUGAGAGAGAAGUUGCAGCUUCCUGUUGGAUCCUGCGAAUUGGCACUUCCUUUGAAGGUUAAAGAUCGGGUUUACGAGGGAAAUCCACGGAGGGAAGCAUAUGCUACAAUUCUUCACUCCGCUCAUGUGUAUGUCUGCGGGGCCAUUGCCGCAGCCCAGAGCAUCCGAAUGGUGGGCUCCAACCGGGACCUUGUGAUACUCAUUGACGAGACCAUUAGCGCCUAUCACAGGAGCGGGCUUGAGGCAGCAGGAUGGAAGAUCAGGACGAUACAGAGGAUCCGAAACCCAAAGGCCGAGAAAGACGCGUAUAAUGAGUGGAACUACAGCAAGUUCCGACUUUGGCAGUUGACGGACUAUGACAAGAUCAUCUUCAUCGACGCGGAUCUACUAAUAUUAAGGAACAUCGAUUUCUUGUUUGGGAUGCCUGAAAUUUCUGCUAUCGGGAACAACGCAACCCUGUUCAACUCUGGGGUGAUGGUGAUCGAGCCGUCAAACAGCACCUUCAAUCUCCUGAUGGAGCACAUAAACGAGAUCGAGUCCUACAAUGGUGGAGACCAGGGUUACUUGAACGAGAUCUUUACAUGGUGGCACAGGAUACCAAGGGACAUGAACUUCUUAAAGCACUUCUGGAUUGGGGACGAGGAGCAGAAGAAGCAAAUGAAAACCCGACUCUUCGGGGCUGAGCCUCCGAUCUUGUACGUUCUGCAUUACCUGGGAGUAAAGCCGUGGCUGUGCUUCAGAGACUAUGACUGUAACUGGAACGUGGACUUCUUCCAGGAGUUUGCAAGCGACGUCGCCCACGCGCGAUGGUGGAAGGUGCACGAUGCGAUGCCCAAGAUGCUGCAGCAGUUCUGCAUGCUAAAGUCGAAGCAGAAGGCACAGUUGGAGUGGGACCGAAGGCAGGCUGAGAAGGGGAACUACUCGGACUGCCACUGGAGGAUUCAGAUCACGGACUCGAGGCUGAAGAAGUGCAUAGACAAUGUGUGCAACUGGAAGAGCAUGUUGGGCCACUGGGGCGAGACUAACUGGACCGACGAUGAGUUUUCCAACCCCACACCUCCCGCACUCACGGUCUCGACGGCAUCCCUCUCGGCAUUGUGAGAAGAGGCAUGAGCUCAUUGUUUUCUUGUUUUUCUCCUUUUCUGCUUCCUUUUUCUCCCUUAUUAGUUUCAAUGCAUAAAGGAUACCCAUGGGUUAGGGAGAGUUUUACACGUUUCUUUACUCACUGAGGACGGUAGCUUUUUGAUGAGUUAAAAAGCUAUUUUUUCAGGACAGCAGAUGUUUCUCCCUGGCCAUCAAAAUCCAUCCGGGAAGGAUUUCCAACGAUGAUUUUGAAUCCGAAAGAUGUCGAUCAGCGUUGACACACAGAAAAAUGUAUGAGCAGGUGGAUUUUGAUUUGGUGCUAAUAAAAAAACAAUUAGUUCUAUAUAUAAAGUAGGUCAAGAUAAUCUACCACCAAAGGGUCCAUAGCUCAGUGGUAGAGCAUUUGACUGCAGAUCAAGAGGUCACCGGUUCGAACCCGGUUGGGCCCUUUUUUUUAAAUUUUUAUUCCCCCCUUUGCCUUUGUUUUUAAACAGCCAAUUAUCUUGAUUUCCUUAAAUGGUCCUUUGAAAUUGUGGAAUUUCGAUUAAACUGAGAUGAUAAAUAAACAGAAGUUAG